CACUCACUCACCCGCUACUCCUUCCAAUCCGUCUACUCUCCAUUUAUCUGCUCUCGCUUCCUACCGCAUCCACUCCAUUUCUGAUUCAACACCUCUAGUACCCCAAGCAUGUUGCCGGUUUCUGUCGCCCAUGGCAGUGAUGCCGAUACACCACCCGCACCCUCAGUCGUGCUACGCACCCGCCCGCCGCUAUCGCGACGUAUCGACUACCAAAACUACUUCAUGACCGACCCGAUGCAGACUGGCUUCCCCCGCAAGCACUGGUUUUGCAUGGACCUCGACCCGCCGUUCAUUCCGCUCUGGGACGAGUGGCGCAUCAUCCAGGGCGUGGCCAUGAACGCCAGCUACGACUGGGCGCAGAGCCAAGGCCGCGACAUCGACCGCACCGGCUAUGUCCUGGCCGUGAUUGAUAAGCUGUACGAAGUGUGGUGGUGGACGCGUUGUCGUUCGGGCUUGGUGCCUCUCCCGACCGCGGCGGACUACCGGCGUGAGUUCGACAAGCUAGCGCACGACGUCGUCCAGAUGGCGGAAGCGGCGUGUGCAGAUGCCCGCGUGGCUGCGCCCACUCUCGACGAGGCCGAUUGGGCGCUCAUCGCCGCUGCCGCAGAUCGGUACUGUACUUCGAAGGACGCGUACAAGCCGCUGCACCCGACCGACUAUCGCCCAUUUUCAUGGGACCGCAUUACCUCGUACCGCCAGCCCGAUCCUGUUUACACCUAUGACAUCCAGCCAGAGUACAGCUACCAGGCCAUGGCGCCCGAGCUCGCCGACAUCAUCUUUCAGUACCGUGACAGCAAAGCGAAGGCCGCAGAGGCGCCAGGCAAGCGUGGCGCGAGGGCUCGUGCGGCAAAGGCGCGCACUUCGGAUGCGACGGAUGACUCUGACAAGUCGGGACCCACGGACUCCGGAGCGUCAGGUCCACAGAUUGCAGCAAUGUCGACGACGUUGGAGGUCACAGCGUCGAGUACGGGUUCGGCGGCCACGCUGGCCUCGUGCACGAGUCGUGCUCGCGCGUUGACCAAGAUCCGUGAAUCGGAUGGCGAAGUUGAGCAGGAGCUGUGAUGCGUUUCUGAGGGCGUUUCCGUUGGGGUAGUUGAACAAGAGAGAAGCUGCCCCAAGCGCGCUUCCGGACGAGGCACAAAAGUCCGGGGGAGAUGAGCGGCUGUGAAGACGCGUGACAAGGAGCUUUUCACAUUUGUAUCCUCUUCAUGUAUGUAUGUC